AUGACCCAGCCGAAGCGAAGCCAAGCCCUGUCCGCACACAAACCAUCCGCACCCCAAGGUCGAACUUCUCCCAUCCAACCAGCUCGCCGUCGCGACCAAGCCAUCAAGAUGCCGAGCCACAAGACCUUCCGCACCAAGCAAAAGCUUGCCAAAGCUCAGCGUCAGAACCGCCCCAUCCCCCAGUGGAUUCGCCUGCGCACCGGCAACACCAUCAGAUACAACGCCAAGCGACGACACUGGCGCAAGACCCGCCUGGGUAUCUAA